AUGACAGUCGCCGAACCCUAUAACAUUCUCAAAGGGAUGGCAGCCUAUGGGGACGACGAGGUGAAUUGUGAGGCUGUGGGGUCGAUUGGUGGUGGCUCGGCACCGGCAUUGCAAAUCGGUGGUGGCGCAGAAGCCGGAAAUGACGGAAUUGGUGGUGGAGCAACAUUCCAAGAAGCACCGCCAGCUAUUGGAGGAGGUGUAAAUGUCGAAAAUCUGGUUCCAGGAAUCGGGGGUGGCGUUCAAAUCGACGGUCCACCUGGCAUUGGUGGUGGUGCUUUC